AUGGAGCCAGUCCCCAGUGCUAUUGCCCGAACCCGCUCUGCCGAACCUGACUUCCUCGAGCGAGGCUCGGCCGGGGCUGCUGGUCCGGUAGCUGGGCUGCUUAAGACAGUUAGGUCUAGGGAGAGGUCUCGCAGCGGCAGUGGGGGCAGGGGGGAAGGGGGCAGCGGCGGGGGCAGCAGGGGUGGGUCGUGGGGAUCUGCAGGGUCACUAGGAGAGCUUGUGGGGGAAGAGGACUUAGAAGCAUUCAUGGAUUAUGAGAGCCAGGGAGGAUCCGGGUCCGAUGUGCGCAGGCGCACACGGGCGGGUAGAGGGGGGAUGGCUGCAGGAGGAGGGGGAGGAGGAGGAGGAGGAGAGAGUGGAAGUGGAGGGAGGGAGGGGGGUGGGGGAAGGGAGAGGUCUCUUGGGGACAUUUUAGAGUCGGUGGUGUCAUCGAGUGAGGCUGAGAUGGCGGAUAAGCGCCGGGACAGGUGGCGCCGAUCCAAGGACAAGAUCCUACGGUCGAAAUCGCGCAAGAGCGAUAAGGCUGGUGCUGCUGCUGGUCGGGCUGGGGCCGGCACUGGUGGGGCUGGCAGUGCUGCUGGUGCUGGGAGCGGCGGGUUUAGAGGCAGGAGAGAGAAGGCGCAUGGAUUUGGUUCAGAUGCCACUUUUGCUGAGGAAUUCGAGGAGGUUGAGACAGGGGAUGGAGGGGCGGGGGGCAUGCAUGCAAGCAAGCUGUCUGUGGCAUCAGUGGACUCUCUCAGUCGCUGGAACUCUGUUCCCGCUGUCUCUGAUGAUUGGGUCGACUCUAUAAGCGCGUCUGCUCCUCCUUCUGCUGCCGAGCAGGGAGAUCAGCAGUGGGAGGUGGAGGGUGAGAGUACCAGCACAGGCAUAGCUGCAGCAGCAGUGGCAGCAGCAGGGGGUGCAGCAGAGGGUACAGCGGAGGGUGCAGCAGAGGCAAGUGCAGGAGAGCUGGCAAGCGUGGAAUCCGCCCCGGCCUUGUUUGUGGGCUUUCAGGCAGGGAAGGACAGCAGCGGUGCCGACCCCGGCAGUAACCAAUCUGCGUCUGCUUCCCCACCAUCAGCAGCUGCACCAGCCACAAUAGGAGCAGCAGCUGCAACAGGAGGAGGAGGGGAAGCAGGCCUGCCACCAGCAGUGACUCGCACGCGGUCAGCAGAGGUGGCGAGGGGGGCGGCAGCAGGGCACAGGAGCGCGCGGAGUAUCUCCGACAUGCCCCCACGCCCUCGCUCAGUCUCCAUUGCUGACGACCCUGCCGCCAGCUAUGGCGCCUCUGGUGCUGCCUCUGGGGCUGGGUCUUUGACUGUCGGGGGUGCGGCUGCUGCUGGUGGCAGUGCUGGUGGGGGUGCUGGUGGGGUUGCUGCUGGUGGUGGUAUGAAGUCGAGUGGCUUAAGGAAGGCGUUGGCCAAAUCCAUAUCGCAGAAGCUUGCUCGCAACAAGACCCGCACUCCCUCCCGCAACACCACCUCCUCUUCCUCCACCCCACUCACGCUCGAGCUAGAGGACCUGCGCCUGCGGCCCUGCGAGCUCUCAGAGGAGAUGCUGCGAUCCAUAGGCGCCAUUUACCUCGCCCACGCCUACCCCGCCCUCUGGGGUGCCGGGGAAGGCCGCAGGGCUGCCGCCCUGCUUGCCUCGGAGCAGAAACGUGUGGCUACAGAUGAAAAGAUCGAGAAGAUCCUCAAUCCGACGGCUCUUGAGGUGCUGGCGGUUUCGUCCCGUAGCAGCCCGGGCGGCAAGAAGGCGGGCGGCGGGACGAGGACGAGGAAAAAGUCGGAGGAUCCGUGGGAGGUGGUGGCGGCUGCGCUGGGGAGUGUGGGGCCGGGGGGAGCAGGGGGAGGUGAAUCUGGUGCAGGUGGUAUCUGCCUGUCCCCGCAGCCAAUCAGUGCGUCUGGUUCAGGGUCGAGUCAGGGGGGGGAGGCGGGAGGGGGUGGGAGCCCACAGUAUCACUCCCAGCAGCAGCAGUACCAGUACCAGCAGCCCAGCCCCCUAUCUCCUGGUAGCAACGCCACAACCCCUUCAGCAUCGUCAACAGCAGCUGCUGCAGCUGCUGCUGCAGGUUCAUUCGUCACCACCUCUCCUUCUGUCACCUCCUCGCCCUCCUCCUUCUCCUCCCUCCCCUCUUCUUCCUCCCUCGCCUCCGUCUCCUCCCUGCCCUCCUCCUCCUACUCCAGCAUCCGCAAGGGCGAGGCAGGGUCGCGGUCGCGAAGGGCAUCGGGGUCAGCAGCAGUCCCUGCCACUCCCCGCACCGCCUGGCUGCGUGCCUCCCUUGCUGUCUUCCAGAACGCGGACAAGGGCGCAGGGGGAGGGGCGGGAGGGGGAGGAGCGUGGGGGGCAGGCGGUGGGGAGGUGGGGGGGGGGAGUGGGAGUGAGCAGAUGGGGGAGCUGGGGGGGAUAGCUGGGAGUGGGGCUGUGGCCGCUGGGUUGCAGUAUCCUGCCACGAGGAGCAAUAGCUAUGGGAGUGGGAGUGGGUUUGGCAGCAGUGGCAGCUUGAGAAGCAGCAGCAAUGGGAAUGGUGGUGCUACUUCUGGUGCUGGUGGCGCCGGUGGUGGGGGCGUUGGUGCUGGUGAUGCUGCUGGUGCGGCUGGUGCUCUGUUCAGUUCAGCAGACCCUUCCGCUUCACAUGCAAGCACUGACCGCCCUUCCCGUGCCAUCACUCGAACCUCCUCCACCCCUGUCCUCCAUACAGUCAACCCCAUUACCACGCCAGCAGCAGGGAGCACACCAUCAGCACCCAAUUCGACCCCUCUGUCUUCCUCCCCAUUCCCUGCCGCGCCAUCGGCCCCCAUGGGGGGGGGCAUAGCGGUGGGGAGCGCAGCACUGGCAGUGGAGGGGUUUGUGGACCCAUAUGGGGUGCUGGAGUUCCACCCCUGCCCGCCUGUUGGGGCGUAUGGGGCGGCCAUGGAGGUCACGUCUGUGCCCAGCGAUGAUAAAUACAGCAACGUGGAUAUCUUCUCUCUCUGCCGCUACCGGAUGCUAGCGGAGCAGCUAUCGGAUCUGGACCCCUCAUACCUCUCCGAGGACGAGAAGCUCGCCUUCUGGCUCAACCUCUACAACGCGCUGCUGCUGCACUCCUUCCUGAUCAACGGCUACCCCACAACGCACGCAAAGCGCAUCUCCAUGCUCACUCAGGCCACAUUCAUAAUCGGCAACCUGCCCAUCAACGCCCUGGAGAUAGAGUUCGCUGUGCUCCGAGCACCCACCUACCGCUCCUCCCUGGCCAAGGCCCUGAAGAGCCGCCCCUUCGCGUAUGACGACCCCAGGGUGGGGUGGGCGCUCACAGUGGGGGAACCCAAUGUAUCCUUCGCUCUCUGCCCUGGAAGCUUCUGCGCACCUGCCCUACGGGUGUACUCGGCUCGCACUGUGCAUGCGGAGCUAGAGGAGGCCAAGGAUAACUUCCUGGAAGUUGCCAUAGGCAUGAGCCGUGAUGACCGAAUCAUUCUUCCCAAGAUUCUUGACUGGUAUUGCCCUGAUUUCACGGAUUCACUGCCUGCUCUGCUAGAGUGGGCCCUGAACCAGUUGCCACCCGCCCCACGUGUUGCCAUUGCCAAGCGGAUGGCUCAGAAGCGGAACCCAACCAUUGAACAGUGCGUGGAAGUGGCUUCAUAUGACUGGUCGUUCCGAUAUUUAUUGGACCCACGGUCUCUCACGAUUGGAACUGAUGCGUUAUAG